AUCCGUAGUCAUGGGAGAUGGCUGUCUUUGCUUGGCAAGCAGGUUUUGAUGUAUGGAGAGACUCCAGUAUUGGGAAAGAAUGCUCAAACUGUGUAACUAAAGUACUUUUAAGAGAGGAGAAUAAGCUCUUCUGGAGAAGGAAGUGGAACCACCUAUUAAAAGUUUUAGGGCAAAGAUAAUCAUUGCGAGGCGCCUGAGUGGCUCAGUCAGUUAAGCGUCUGCCUUCAGCUCAGGUGAUGAUCUCAGGGUCAUGGAAUGCUUCUCCCUUUCCCUCUGCUGCUCCCCCUGCUUGUGUGUGUGCUCUCUCUCUCUCAAAUAAAUAAAUAAAAUCUUAAAAAAAAAAGAUAAUCACUGCAUUCUACUUGUGGUUGCAGACGGUAGAAAGGGUCUCAGCUGUCCCUCGUACUUGCUUUCACCUGUGCAAACUCAGAGUUCCAGAUGUUUUGUAGUCACAGGUUCUGACUUUGUAAGAAACAGGAUUCCAUCUUUCAGUGGGCUUCUUUUUUCUUCCUUUUUUUGGUAAUGCAUUUGACAUUUAAUACAAGUGAUUCUAAAAGAAAAGAUAGAUGUCACAUCAACAUGCUGUUUGUUUUCAAGAAGGAUUCCUUUCAUUUGUAUCACUGAUGACACUCUUGCUUGUUGGGUGAUUUCAAGGCUCCUUUUCAGGCAGGCAGGAUCGACUCCUGUCCUUCACUGACCUGUUUUUUUCCCUUCCAGGAGCUUCUGGAGCAGUGUUGGGUAACACGAGGGGAGAAGGAGGAGACACAGAUGCCUGUGGAUAUGUCUCAGUGUUUGGAGCAACUUGAGGGAAGGGUCUGUUACACUCACCUUUGUCUGCGGAGGGCGUGGCCUGUGAGAUCAUUGACUGGAUGUGUCUUGGAGUAGGCUGCAGGACAUGGCGACCCAGGGAGCCACUCCAGGCAGCCAGUCAGAGGAGAGCAGCGCUUUGGACUUGCCGCCAGUUGAUGACAUAAGAGAUUACGUGCUGCAGAGACCCCACCAGGAGGCCCACAGCGAGGCUUUUAGUUCUGUGGAAGCCCUUUCUCUUCCUGGCUCUUCUGAUGUGGAUUCAGACACCAGUAACCUAAAUACUGAACAAAAUGAUUCCUGGACCUCUGAGAACUGCUGGCUUGACGCUUCUGUGAAGGGCCAGAUGGAGACCAAGGCAGAGGAUGAUGGGCUUCGGAAAUCCCUGGAUAGAUUCUAUGACAUGUUUGGCCAUCCCCAGCCAGCCGCUAGAAAUCCACUCUCCGCCUCUGUCUGCCAGUGCCUGUCUCAGAAAAUCAACGAACUGAAGGGCCAGGAGAGCCAAAAGUAUGCCCUUCGCAGUUUUCAGAUGGCCCGGGUCAUCUUCAACCGGGAUGGCUGCUCGGUCUUACGGAGGCAUUCCAAGGACGCCCACUUCUACCCACCAGGAGAAGGACGUGUGUCUCUGGAUGAUGAAAAGCCAACCCCGGGACUUUCAAAAGACAUCCUGCAUUUCCUCUUGCAGCAGAACGUGAUGAAAGACCUCUAAGUAGCACCCAGUGGUAAGAGUAGGCAGUGUGGAGGACGGCCGGCCCUGUGGCCCACACUGUCGGUGCCCCCCCAUCCCCUGGGGCCUCUCCGGCCAGCCCUGUGGGUCCAGCCCCCCCCCCCACCCCGUGAGCUGAUAGUGGAGCCAGCCGUGUUUGUGGGCUUGAUAGCCCCUGUGUCCAUACCACCUCCCACCCCAGCCUACCACUCCCUUUGACUGAAGACUAGUGUGACCGACAGGCUGGGGAGCCUGAAAGCACAGCUUCCUUGCCCCGACGAAGGAAGGACAUGCUCUGAGGCAUAAUUUACUCUCCAGAGCUCCCCUCUGGAUCAGGCCAAGACUGGGCCUUCCCACGGAACCACACCUUGCUCGGCCUCUUCUGUCUCCCUGUCCUCCUUCUCCCGUUCACCUACUGGUGUCUCCUGGGAGCCUUUCCUCAAUAAAGCUCUUGAACCCGAA